AUGGAAUUUAUCAAUCAUACGUUUUUACAAUUAAAACAACAAUUAGAUGAUUUAUCAAAAAAUAAGGAAAGAUUAGAACAUGAAUGUGAUUCACUACGUAACGAAUUAGCGCGUUUAAAUCAAAAAUCAAAAGUUCUAGAACCAACUACUGAAAUUUCAAGUGCUUCUGCUCUUCGCGAACAAGCCCUUAUAGCUGAAAUCAUUCGUUUACGUCGGGAUUUAAAUCGUUUACAAGAAGCUUCAGAAUCAAGAAUUCGGUGUUUGAAAAACAGACUACAAGCAAUUGGUGAGGAAGCAUUUAAACGACAUACAUUAGAAUUGAAAGUAUCACAAUUGCAUACUGCUGCAUUAAAGUAUGCAAAUGAAUUUGACCAACUUAUAUCUUCAAACAAACCACAUAAUUAUAUUAGUGAGGACAAAACAAAAUGUAAGGAGGCCCAUCUUUUCCCUCUACCACCAAUAGCAUUGCCAAUAUCGAAUAAAGUUCCUCAUCAAAAUACAGUCGAAUUAGGAAAUUCAUUGAGGUCAACGCUAUCUUCGAUUGUACACACCAAUUAG